UACGCCGAUCGGCCGAUGCUUCUGCACGCGAGUAGAAACACAAAUAACUCUUGUUCUCACUGUCCCCCUGUUAUUUGUAACUAGUACUCUUCUUAAGCUUUCAAAUCACUCAUGCCCAUUUCAUAGCUUUUGAUACCCAGAGUUGGUAAAAACUUGAGUAGUUAGUAAAAUGGCAGCAAUUUUCAGGGCUCGCAAAGUGUCCUCAACCCUGUUCUGCAAUUUCCUUCGUACUCCCAUCCGCCAGUUCACUGCUGCUUCCGAUGCUACUGCUACAAAAUCAUCUUCGAGUAAUCCAAUGUCCAAUCACGCUGUAUGUUCCCUGGUCUUGAGCACAUCAACAAUGCAAGUCGGAACUAAAAUCCACAACAUCAGUGCGGGUACCUCACAGUCAGCUUUGACAAACCCAAUAUUCAGUCUUGACAUAAGCUCACAAUUUGGAAGCUGCAUGCCUAUUUCAAUGAUGCGAAUUGGGACCCUAAUCCACAACAUCGAAUUGAGACCUGGCGAAGGAGGCAAACUGGUGCGAGCAGCAGGCACUGCUGCAAAAAUACUGAAAGAGCCAUCAGCAUCUAAGUACUGUUUGAUCAGAUUACCGUCUGGGAGAGAGAAACUAAUUGAUACAAGCUGCCGGGCAACAAUAGGGACUGUAUCAAACCCUGAACACGGUACAAAGAGACUUAGAAAAGCUGGUCACAGUCGAUGGCUUGGAAGGAGACCAGUGGUGAGAGGAGUGGCCAUGAAUCCUGUAGACCAUCCUCAUGGAGGAGGGGAGGGGAAGAGUAAAAGUAGUGGUGGUCAUGGAGGGGUUUCAAGAACUCCCUGGGGAAAGCCUACUAAAAGUGGGUACAAGACUGGGCCUCUUAAAAGAAGAAAAUAGUUUUUUGUUUUCCGGGUAUGUGCUUUUUCUGUGGUUCAAGUACCCUAUAACUUUCGAGAAUAAAAUUACCAAAUUUGAUUUUGACAUGUGACUAGAUUAUUGAUAUAUUUGCUCGGUAUGAUGUUAUUGUGGGAUUCAGGCAGUUAUGAUAUAACUGUAAUUUCUUG